AUGGACACGCUUCACGCAAGAGCCGACUGGGAACGCGUGGGCGACAAGUGGUUCCGCAAGACGGAGCAGUAUACCGCCGUCUUCGGCCAGGACCUGGACCUCGAUGGCUUCAUCGUGACGGGCGCGCCAUACGCCGGCGCUCUGGCGCUGUGGCGGGACGACACGAAGCUGCAGGCGCACAAGACGGGCCAGUCAUCGAAGCCUGCCAUCGACAUCUACAGCCUGGCGGGCAAGAAGCUGCGGUCCAUACCCUGGGACAGCGGCCCCAUCAAGGGCCUGGGAUGGUCCGAGGACGAGGCGCUGCUGGUGGUUGCGGCGGACGGCAACGUGCGGUGCUACGACUUGCAGGGCGACUUUAGCCACUUUUCGCUGGGCCAUGGGGCGGAUAACUUUGGGGUUGAGUCGUGCCGGUUCUACGACACCGGAAUGGUGGCCCUGCUGGGGAACAACACACUGGUGACGGUCUCAUCGUAUGCAGAGCCGCGGCCAAAGGCGCUUGCGUCCGUGCCGGCCGGCGAGAUUCACUCGUGGGCCAUCGUCUCGCCCAACCACACCCUGUCGCGCUCUGUCGAGGUUCUGCUCAGCAUGGGGACGACUGUCUAUGUGGUCGAUGCCACUGAUUGCGAGGACAGAUUCCUUGACGUUGGGCCGUUUUCACAUAUUAGCGUUUCGCCAGACGGGCGGUUUGUCAACUUGUAUGGCAUGAACGGCAAGGCGCACGUCAUAUCAAGCAAUUUCCAGGAGAGACUGUUUGAGCACAACUCGAACUCGCACACACCCCCCAAGUAUGUCGAGUGGUGUGGAAGCGAUGCCAUCAUUGCUUGGGAAGACGAGGUUCACAUCAUUGGACCUGGCGAUGAGUCCUCAUCCUACAUCUACGACAGCACCCGGGUGCAUGUUAUCUCUGAACAUGAUGGCGCUCGGCUAAUCACAAACGACUUCUGCGAAUUUCUCGAGAGGGUACCUGAUGACACUCUUCAGGCAUUUGGGGCCGCCUCAGAAUCAUCACCCGCGUCCAUUCUGCUCGAUGCUGUGCGGCAGCUGGAGCUACAAUCUCCCAAAGCAGACGACUACAUUCAACUCAUUCGGCCCAACCUGACUGAAGCUGUCGACACGUGCGUUAAUGCCGCCGGCCGAGAGUUCAACCCACAGUGGCAGAAGCGACUGCUCAAGGCUGCGUCCUUUGGCAAGUCGGUAUUGGACAUUUACAACAGCGACGAGUUUGUGGACAUGUGCGAGACCUUGCGCGUUCUCAAUGCCGUGCGGAGCUACGAGAUUGGGAUGCCGCUGUCAUUUGAGCAGUACCAAAGGUUGACGCCUGAGCGACUCAUCCAACGACUUAUUCAGCGGCACGAAUACUUGCUGGCACUCAAGAUUGCUGGGUACCUGAAAUUGCCGACGGACCGAAUCUAUGUCAGCUGGGCUUCUACAAAAGUCCGCGUUGGUGCUCAAGACGAUGAUACCAUCUGUCGACUGGUCGUCGAGAGGCUCUCCGGCAAGCCCGGAAUAUCCUUUGAAGAGAUUGCACGAGCUGCGUAUCACGAAGGACGAAGCCGCUUGGCCACGGAGCUCUUGAAUCACGAGCCCCGCGGAGGAAGGCAAGUGCCUCUUCUGCUAGACAUGGAGGAAGACGAGCUCGCCCUGGACAAGGCCAUCGAAAGCGGGGACACCGACCUCAUUCUCUUUGUUCUCACGAAGCUCAAAAAGAAACUGCCGUUGGCGUCCUUCUUCCGGGUAAUCAAUGUCCGACCAACGGCAACGGCACUGGUGGAAUCGGCGGCUCAGCGAGAAGGAGACAACACCCUGCUCAAAGACCUGUAUUACCAAGACGAUAGACGAGUUGACGGCGCCAACGUCUUCAUCCGCGAGUCGCUGCGGCAGCCCGAUGCUCGCACUGCGUCGGACAAACUGGCCCUCGCGGCCAAACUCCUCUCCGAGUCCAAGGAGCAUGCAGCGGAAGUCCACGUGCUCAAGGAGACGACGCAGCUCCUUCGCGCACAGGAGGCGCUGGAUCGCGACCUGACGGAUUCCUUCUUGGGAUUGAGUGUCAAUGAGACAAUCUUCAAGCUCAUUCGACUGGGCUAUUACGGAAAAGCCAAGAAGAUUCAGAACGAUUUCAAAGUGCCGGAAAAGGUCGGCUGGUGGAUCAGGCUUCGGGCGCUUGUCGCAAAGCGGGAAUGGGGUGAGAUUGAGGAUAUCGCAAAGGCUAAGAAGAGUCCGAUCGGAUGGGCGCCCUUUUUCAACCUCACGCUGCAGGCGGGCAAUCCGCGCUUGGCGGCAGUGUUUAUACCCAAAUGUACCGGCUUGGAGCCCGGGGAGACGAUUACCAUGUAUGAGAAGUGCGGCAUGCGAGUCAAGGCUGCCGAAGAGGCUGUCAAGUUGAAGGAUGCAGCGGCAUACGAGAGGUUGCUGGAGGCGGCGGGGAGAGAUACGACAGAGGGGAAGGAGAUUGAGAGGGUUGGCGGCGCGGUGUUUAAGAAGUAAAGAGGUGGUGGGACUGCCUCUCUUCUCUUGAUUGCAUUUUCGGAACUCGCUGGGAGCUUGCUGCAUGGGCAUGGCAUGCGUAUAUGACUUUACGACUUGGCGAU